CGCAGAACUGUUGGAUUUGUGUUUUCUGGUGUGAUUCUGGUCUGAUUUAUGAAGUUGAAUUGGGGUUUUUUUGGAGUGAUAAAGGGUUUAUAGAGGUUGUUGGUUCUCACAUUAGCUUUUGCUGUUUCCUGAAAGCUUAUUUUUGCAGCUGCAUCUGGUUUGCAUUGUGGAAGUAUGGCUUGUAUGAAGUUAGGAUCCAAAACUGAUGCAUUUCAAAGGCAAGGGCAGGCUUGGUUCUGCACAACUGGCCUCCCAAGUGAUAUUGUUGUCGAAGUUGGGAGAUGUCCUUCCAUCUGCACAAGUUCCCCUUGCUUUCAAGGAGUGGGAUUAUGGAGAGAUUGAUUGCUGAAGCAUCUAAAGAAGAAGAGGGCUGUGUCAUUAACCUCCCUUACAUCCCCGGUGGGGCUAAAACAUUUGAACUUGUAGCUAAGUUCUGCUAUGGGGUAAAACUCGAACUUACUGCUGCAAAUGUUGCGUACCUCCGGUGUGCUGCUGAGCAUCUUGAAAUGACAGAAGAGUACGGGGAGGGAAAUCUAAUUUCACUGAGCGAAAGCUUUCUCAAUCAAGUAGUCUUCCGAAAUUGGAAGGACUGUUUGAAAGUUCUCCAAACAUGUGAUGAUAUUCUGCCCCAUGCUGAAGAACUCCAGAUUAUAAGAAGAUGCAUUGAUUCAAUGGCUUUGAAGGCAAGUACCGACCCAAAUCUAUUCGGGUGGCCUGUGAUGGAGCAUGGUGGACCUAUGCAGAGCCCCGGUGGGAGCGUCUUGUGGAAUGGGAUAAGCACGGGGGCUAGGCCAAAAAAUUCAAGGUCAGAUUGGUGGUAUGAUGAUGUAUCGACUUUAAGUUUCCCUAUCUACAAGAGGUUGAUUUCAGCCAUGGAAUCUCGUGGCAUCAAACAGGAGAUUAUUUCUGGGUCCCUACCUUUCUAUGCAAAAAGGUACCUACCAGGGCUGAGUCGCCGUCAAAGUGCAAGUGAGUCUAGCAACCGUUUUACGCCAGUAGGUAUGGGAGCACCCCCAUCUGAAGAAGAUCAGAAACUUUUUCUUGAAGAGAUUGAUCAUUUACUUCCAAUGCAGAAGGGUUUAGUCUCCACCAAAUUUCUCUUUGGCCUACUUCGAACGUCCAUGAUUCUUCGAGCAAGCCCUUCUUGCAUAGCAAACUUGGAAAGAAGAAUUGGGAUGCAGCUCGAUCAGGCAACACUUGAAGAUCUCUUGAUGCCUAACUUCUCUCAUACCAUGGAAACGCUUUAUAAUGUUGAGUGUGUGCAGCGGAUUCUUGAGCAUUUUCUGGCCAUGGAUCAGGUGACAGGUGGGGCCUCUCCUUGUUCCAUGGAUGAUGGCCAGCUGAUGGGAUCACCAUCAUUGACACCAGUCACAAUGGUAGCCAAGAUAAUUGAUGGGUACCUUGCGGAGGUUGCCCCAGAUAUUAAUUUGAAGCUUCCCAAGUUUCAGUCCCUUGCUGCUGCCGUUCCUGAUUAUGGUAGGCCCUUGGAUGACGGCCUUUAUCGUGCAAUUGACAUUUAUCUCAAGUCACACCCAUGGUUAGCAGAGUCUGAUAGAGAACAACUCUGCCGGCUGAUAGACUGCCAGAAGCUAUCCUUGGAAGCUUGUACCCAUGCUGCCCAGAACGAGAGGCUACCCCUAAGAAUAAUAGUACAAGUCCUUUUCUUUGAGCAGCUCCAGCUUAGGACUUCCAUUGCUGGCUGCUUCUUGGUGUCGGACAAUCUUGAGGGGUCACGACAGUUGAGAAGUGGCUUGAUGGCACCUAAUGAGGGAGGCUGGGCCACUGCUGUGAGGGAGAAUCAGGUUUUGAAGGUGGGUAUGGAUAGCAUGAGGAUGCGGGUUUCUGAGCUCGAGAAAGAGUGCUCAAACAUGAGGCAGGAGAUCGAGAAGUUGGGUCGAGGAAAGGGAUCUAGCGCGUGGGGCGGUGUGUCAAAGAAGUUCGGGUUUAAGAUAAAGUCUCAGAUGUGUAGCGCUCAAGAGGGGUCUGUUAGCAACCAGAAUAAUAGCGGAAGCGUGAAGGCUGAGAAGGCAAAGGACAAGCAGCAUGGAAAGCACAAGAAAAACCAGUCUUCAGAUGGGUAGUUCUUCUUUCAGCUUUUCUUUUUGGGUUUUGUUAGAUUGUUGUUGUAAGUUCUUGUUUGUAUCUCUACUUUGGUCUUUAAUCAGAAAUUGUUUGUGUCAUAUUUGUUCUUUAUUUUUAUUUUCCUCUUCAAUAUCUCCUCAUUGUAAUGUCAAUGAAUUAUGUGGUACUCCUGUAUCUCUUGUAACAUUUACAAAUUACUCUCUCUCUCUCUC